GAAGUGGAGAGUGUAAACAGACUACGCGCGCAGUCAUGACCCGUGACUGUCAGUGAUGAAGCAGUGUGUCCUUGUACCACACGAAUGUUUCCCUCACGUCCACAGGGAUGCAUCACUUAAGCGGCCUUCGACAGCUUUCGGCGAUCUAAGUGCGUUCAGAAAUCCAUCAGAGACCCAGCCCCGUGAAUCGUCUGCAGCGGAGAAGCGCUAUGCCGCGGCGGAAGAGGAACGCGGGCAGCAGCUCUGAAGGGACCGAGGAUUCAGACUUCUCCGCUGAGCACACGGACAGCUCAGAGAGUGACGUCCACACGGCGAGAAACACGCGCCUCACUCGCUCCUCGCUGCGCCUCAGCCGCAACUCGCAGGAUUCCAGUCCCGUGAGGAACCCGUCUGCUCCGGUUUCAGAGGAGGUGGUGAAUUAUUCCACCCGUCGGGUGACUCGUAGUCAGCAGCAGGGGGUGACGGUCCUGCCCAAGAAGUACCCCCUGCGGCAGAGUCGCUCUUCUGGCUCAGACACGGAGCAGCAUGGGGAAAUCUCAGAGAGGGACAUUAAACAAAGUGCAGAGCAUGACGAAUCCCCAACCCGGACACCCACAGGCAACGCUCCUUCCUCUGAGUCUGACAUCGACAUGUCCAGCCCAAACGUGUCUCACGAUGAGAGUCUGGCAAAGGAGCUGUCGCUGAAAGAAUCCAGCCUUGCUCACCGGCCCAAACGACGACGCUUUCACGAGAGCUACAACUUUAACAUGAAGUGCCCCACACCUGGUUGUAAUUCACUUGGACAUUUGACAGGGAAACACGAAAGGCACUUUUCAAUAUCUGGAUGCCCACUGUACCAUAACCUUUCAGCGGAUGAGUGCAAGGUGAAGGCAAGCUCUCGAGACAAACACGUGGAGGAGAGGACACUCUCACAGCGGCAGGAUGAGAAUCGGCAUUCUGCUCGGCAACAGGCCCAAACGGAGCGACAGCUGCGGUAUAAAGAGAAGGUGACGGAGAUGAGGAGAAAGAGAAACUCUGUUCCUCUUAAAGAGCAAAAAGACAAGUACACGGAGCACAAGCAGACCCAUGGUAGCAGUCGUGAGCCUCUGCUGGAGAACAUCACAAGUGACUAUGACCUGGAGCUGUUCAGAAAAGCCCAGGCACGUGCCUCGGACGAUCUUGAAAAACUUCGGCUGCAGGGACAGGUCACAGAGGGCGGUAACAUGAUAAAGACCAUUGUGUUCGGCCGCUACGAGCUGGACACCUGGUACCACUCGCCAUACCCCGAAGAGUACGCCCGCCUCGGUCGCCUUUACAUGUGCGAGUUCUGCCUCAAAUACAUGAAGAGUCAGACCAUUCUGAGACGUCACAUGGCCAAAUGUGUGUGGAAACAUCCACCAGGUGAUGAGAUUUACAGAAAAGGGGCUAUAUCCGUUUUUGAAGUGGACGGCAAGAAGAACAAGAUUUAUUGCCAAAACCUGUGCCUGCUUGCCAAACUCUUUCUGGACCACAAAACUUUGUAUUAUGAUGUAGAGCCGUUCCUCUUCUACGUGAUGACUGAAGCUGACAAUACCGGCUGCCAUCUUGUAGGCUAUUUCUCCAAGGAAAAGAAUUCAUUCCUGAACUACAAUGUCUCCUGCAUCCUGACCAUGCCACAGUAUAUGAGGCAGGGUUAUGGCAAGAUGCUGAUUGAUUUCAGUUAUUUAUUGUCCAAAGUAGAGGAGAAGGUUGGCUCCCCUGAACGGCCUCUCUCUGACCUGGGACUCAUCAGUUACAGGAGUUACUGGAAGGAAGUGCUCCUGCGCUACCUGCACAACUUCCAGGGCAAAGAGAUCUCCAUUAAAGAAAUCAGUCAAGAAACAGCUGUCAAUCCUGUAGACAUUGUCAGCACUUUACAGUCACUGCAGAUGCUGAAGUACUGGAAAGGGAAGCACCUGAUCUUAAAAAGACAGGAUCUGAUUGAUGAUUGGAAAACCAAAGAGGCAAAACGUGGAAGCAACAAGACUAUUGACCCUACGGCCUUGAAGUGGAGCCCACCCAAAGGAACCUAAGACAAUAAUCUGCAUGCUCUUCACUGUUUGCUGUAGAUUAGCAGGUCUUGGUCACUGUUAGAAUAGCUCAACACAUAGGAAAGUGUUACAAUACUUUACAAGUAAGUCUGCAAUCUUAACUGUUCUGAAUGUGUCACAUGGGUCAUGUAAAACAUUUCAAGUUACUAUUAUAAUCUAGAUUUUUGAAACAUGGUUAACAUUUCAACAAACAUCGUAGAACUGCUGCGUAGGAGAUCCUAUCGCCUAGCCUAGUGUUUGAUACUCAAAUGGAAAUUGUUUUACUGUUGUUUUUUUAAGUCAUCUAUUGCAUCUCUUUAUUUUAGAGAAAUGACUGUUUGACUGUUAAAUAUUUAUGUGGGGAAAAAAACAUUACAGUGUUUCUUUUAUCUAAUGGUUUUGUGAGCUAACAAGCUUCUUGUUUUUCUUUUCUUUCUUUUUUUGUUUCAAUUUCCUUUAAACCAGAUAUGUGUUCCCAGCCCUAUUUAACAUUAGCCAGAGUCAUUGCACUAAGUUAAAAGAAUAUUUUAUUAGCUCAAGUGAGACUAUCCUGUAUUUUGGAACAGACACAUUGCAGUAAAUGUGAUAUAUUAACCCUUCAUCAAGUUUUUUUUUUCUUCUAAAGCCUACAAUGGAAACUAUUAAGUGGAAGCUUCACUUAGUUUAUAGCAUGUCUUGCAGCAACUGUAAUUUGUGAGCAGCCGGAAUAGUUAAAAAAAAAAAAAGCUCAUAGAAUUACCGUGAUGCACUUGUAAACUCCACCUAGUGGAUUUAACACAGAUUAUACUCUUAUAUGCCAGUAGCAUGUGUUGCACUUGAGUUUCUGUCUCCUCUGAAAUAAAUUUGGUCACUGUUUAAAA